CAAACCUCAAUGACCAAAUUGUUUGGAUCUGAUAGAAAGCUGAAAGCACAAAGCAAGCAUGGAGAAUGGUUGGUGAAUGGUUACGGUGAAAGACGAGAGGGAGAUAGACAUAGAAAUCACAACAACCCCAAUCCUUACCAGACACCACCACGACCACUUCGUCAACUAAACUAAAUUAAACCCAUUCCAAAUCUAAUUCAAAGCUCGAUUUUUUCAUUUCACUUUCGAAUAGUUCAGGUAAACCACACCGAAAACACCCACUAUAAACUACUCUCAAGCUUCAACUUCUCUUCACUAUAGUACCCACUCGAGCCUGAACAGACCGGAGCAAUGGGUCCGAUCAAGGCCUCUGCGGGCGAUUUCCUGUUGACUUUCAUGUGGGUGUUUUGUGCUUCGACGUUUGGUAUUUUGACCACCGAGAUAGCGACUCUUUUGGGUGUGCAAAACCUCGCUUGGCCCUCCAUGUUAAUCGUGACCUUCAUUGUCUUUGUUUUCGUUUUCAUUUUUAGUUAUAUUGGUGGUUUGCUUGGUGGGGCUAGCUUUAAUCCCACUGGUACCGCCGCCUUUUACUCUGCCGGUGUCGGCGGUGAUUCUCUGCUCUCUAUGGCUCUCCGCUUCCCUGCCCAGGCUGCCGGUGCUGUGGGUGGUGCAAUGGCAAUCCUGGAGGUGAUCCCACCAAAGUACAAGCACAGGCUUGGAGGGCCUUCUUUGAAAGUUGAUAUGCAUACUGGAGCCAUUGCUGAGGGGCUGUUGACUUUUCUAAUUACGUUUGCUGUGCUUGUAAUUAUUCUCAAGGGUCCUCGUAACAGUAUUGUGAAGACAUGGUUGAUUGCUGUGGCAACUGUUGUGUUGGUCAUGUCAGGUUCUACCUACACUGGGCCUGCCAUGAAUCCUGCCAAUGCUUUUGGCUGGGCAUACAUAAACAAACGGCAUGACACAUGGGAGCAGUUUUAUGUAUACUGGAUUUGUCCAUUCAUUGGAGCAAUAGCCGCGGCAUGGGUGUUCCGUUUCGUCUUCCCUCUACCAUCUCCGCCAUCUUCAAAGAAACAGAAAAAAAAUUAAGGUGGCAACUAUGUGUGUUUCUUCAGCAUUAGAUAAGCACAAGCUCGGCAUUCAUGUAAUAAGAUUAUAAGAAUAUCUCAUGUAGCUCUGAAACGCCACUCAUUUUCAGUUGUCAAUGAUAAAAUGACUUACUUUUCCUGUUUUAUAUAUUCAA